AUGAAUACACUUUGCCGGAUUUGCGCUAAAAAAUGUUCUAAACUUACGCCGAUAUUUGAAGACGAAACAUUAGCACAAAAAAUAAACAAAUGUUUAUCAAUAAAAGUAACCGUGACAGAUAAUUUGCCAUUAAAUGUAUGCGAUUUUUGUUUUUUUAAAAUUAACAACAGUUAUUUGCUUUACGAAAUCGCUAACCAGUCUGAUAAAAGUCUAAAAAAAUUAUGGAAAAUUUUAUUAAAAGAAACUGGACAUUGCUCAUUAAAAAAUUAUUCUGCAACUGACCAAGAUAAAAUUGAUUGUAAUCUUAGUAAUAAUUUUAAUGAUGUUAAUAUUUUACAAACGACUGAUGGUAAUUCGGAAGAUGUAACACAAUUAAAAAAAAGUGUACUAGUUUCUAAUAAAUUUUGUGUUACAAAACCUGCUGUCGAUGAAUUUGGCAAAAAAGGAUUUUUUACUGUCGUAUGUAAUAAAAAUGAUAUAAAGAACUCAAAUUUAAAUGAACCUGAAAACUUACUUUCAAUCAAUGAAAAUGAUAGCAAACAGGGAGAAGAAGAAUAUAAUAAAUGUGAUACAAUUGAUAAUAAAAGUAGUGAAAAAAGAAAAUCAACUCAUUCACAACAAAAACCAUAUCUUUGCGAUAUUUGUGGAAAAUCUUUUAGACAUUUAAAUAAUUUAAAAUGUCAUAAAAAAAUUCAUAUGGGUAUUAAAAAACUUCAUGCAUGCAAAUUAUGUAAAAAAACAUUUUUAUCAAAUUUUUUCCUGCAGGAACACAUGAAUAUUCAUACAGGAAAAACACCUUAUAAAUGUUUAGUUUGCAAUAAGGAAUUUAGAGAAAAAGUUCAUUUGAGACAGCACAAAUGGACACAUUCUGAAGAAAAAUUUACAUGUAAUAUUUGUGGGAAAAAAUUCAAUAGAAAAGGAAACAUGAAUAAACAUAAAAAAAAGUAUCAUCAGAAUAAUUCGUUGGAAAAAGAAAAUAGUAUUUUAAAUGACUCGACAAAUUUGGAAAAAAUAUGCUGUCCAAUGUGUGAAGAAAAUUUUUCAGAGCAAUUACUCCUUAAAGCACACAUUAAACAUUUUCACAAAGAUCAAAAAACAUUUUCCUGUUUGCUUUGUGGAAAAAAAUUUAAGCAUUCAGGAUCAUUGACUUAUCACAGGAGAGCAGCUCACACUGGAGAAAAACCAUUUCAAUGCAAUUAUUGUGAUAAAAAAUUUUCUCUUCGUUCGGUUCAUAAAAAAAUACAUUCAUGUGAAAGAAACUAUGUCUGUGAUGACUGCGGAAAAGCUUAUAUACAAAAAUAUGACUUGAUUAAACAUAAAAAAAUUCAUGAUUAUAAAAAUAAAAGAUUUUUUUGUAAAUAUUGUGGCAAUCAUUUUUCUAGAAAAUCUGACAUAACAAAACAUUCAACUUGUCAAUACAAUAUUUCAAGAAAAAUUAACAAAGAAAUUGAUGAAGCUGAAAAAAUUCUCGAUUCAGUUUCUAAAAGUUUUUUAAUCGAAGAACCUUUCAGUUUAGGGUCAAAAGAAACAAUUUUAGAAAAUAAAAUUUUUGAUGAAAAAUGA